UUCAACCGCAUGUAUCCUUGCCUUAAGUGUCACUUUUCCAGGAAAUACUUGAGGAAACUGCAAGAGUUUUUAUUCGACAGGAACUAUAAAAUUUUCCCUGUGGACUUGUGACUAUUGGCGGACAAAAAAGGUGCUAAAUAGGCGCCUGGAGCUGUGAGCUGACUGUCCAUCACUGCCCCGGAGUAUUUAGCAUUUUUUUUAGCGGCAAGUACUUAGCAACAGGUUGCAAAGGGCUAAGUAAUUUCUAGGAUGAGUUGUGCUGCGCCGCGAUGCCGACCGCAGUUUGGAUCCUGUGGGUCCGGUCGUAAGCCCUGCGGCGGAGGUGGCUGCUGCGGAUCCUGCUGCGUUGGUGGUUCCUGUUGCAGGGGCGGCUCAGGAGGAUGCUGCGGCGGAUCCUGCGGCGGAUCAUGUGGCGGCUCAUGUGGUGGAUCCUGUGGCGGAUGCUGUGGCCCUCCGCCCUGUGCCGUGGUCUCGUACCGCUUGACCUGCGGCCCCGUGGGUCCCCUGCUGCCCUGCAUGCAGUGCACCUGCAACUGCGGAUGUUGCAGCGGCGGUUGUGCGCCACCUUUCUAUUUUGUGCCGAACAAAUGCAAAAAUUGCUGGGAGUGGGGCUGCUUUGGCCCGCUGUACUAAUACCCUGUAGUACCCUGUUGUUGCACUUUUUAUUGCAACUUUUCAUAUUUUUGAAUGCAAUAAAUUCACGUGUCAGCCAGACUUA